CCCAUUUGGCUCCGGAAAGCUCGAUUUCACAGGUCUCUCUUGGUACGCCUGUGUGGUCCUGUGAGAAACCUGCCGCGUGAUUUGUGAGUGUGCGUGAGUGUAUACGCAGACUGGCCUCCCCUCGCUGCUUAAUUGCUGGACGUUACCCUGGAGAGUAAGUAGCAGGAUGAAGACACAGAAAUGUACUGGAUUUCACAUGUUGCUACUCCUUUAUGUCAGACUGAUGCUAGCAGUGGACGCCUACAGACCCCAAAGAGACAUAAACCAGGAGAAGUGGGAACAAGAACUGAGGGAAGCUGGGAGUCUAGAUGAGCUUCUGAUGUUGACCGAAUACCCGGACUGGAAGCUGUGGAGAUGCAGACUCAAGCUGAAGCACUUUGACGACACCUCUCCACCUGAGAACCGCAGGUCAACUCGCUAUGCGGCCGCAUCGUUCAGCCCAGAGAUGCUAAAAGAUAUUGAUGAGGAAUGGCAGAAAACACAGUGCAUGCCCAGAGAGACGUGUAUAGACGUGGCUAAGGAAUUGGGCACCAAUACCGCAGUGUUUUUCAAGCCCCCGUGCGUCUCUGUCUUCAGGUGUGGCGGCUGCUGCAACAAAGAAGGAGUUACCUGCCGUAAUACAAGCAUGACUUAUGUCAAUAAAACUAUAUUGAGUGUGAGUCUGGCGCCUUAUAAAUCUGGACCAGAGCCUGUGCUAGUGAAAAUAGCCAAUCACACUGAGUGUAAGUGCCAGGAACACGCGCUGAUCCGCAGACAUGUUCGUGAGAAGUACAGGAAGAACGGUUGCUCUCCUACACGUAAGCCAGAAGACAAGAGGCUAUGCAACAAAGGUUUAAUAUGGGAUUGGAUGGCAGAGCGAUGUGUGACGUACCCCUCCAGCAAACAAGAACCGCCAUCUUCCGUCAGUGAGGAGGACUGUGAGAUUGAUGUAGAGCGAUGUGAAUGUAUUCCAAAAGUAUGGACAGACAAAUUACACUAUACGUGACACAAUUCAACAAAUCUUCUAAAGCUGCAAGAGAGAAAACAACAAUGAACACGACGCCCUGACGAUCUGCAAGUGCCAAAUGUAGAGACUGCAAAAUACCAUUUAAUUUAUUUAUCUCUCUAUUUAUAUCAAAUAAAAAUACUUUUAUUAACAUUUAUUCAAACAUCUCAUCAGUAUCAUGGCAGCGAUAGUUUUCUAAAUAUAACAACACGGCUAUUCCUGUGUUCAUCCUGAACACGAUGAAAAAUUAAAUCUGAGUUAUGUGUCUCUUUUGCACUGAAGUUUCACCCAUUUCACCAUAAUUUCUUAGAUAUAAUUUAUAUCUAAAAUAGUUAUAUUUAAUUAUAACUUAUAUUUUUCUAAAUGUAUCCAGAUGGGCUAAUAUGGUCAUGUUUCCAUUCCACAAGAGGACUUUAUGCAGGAUGGUACAUAAAGAAGUACUUCAAUCACUAAGCCUCUUUUUAAGUUUUGUUCACCACUGAGCAUGCUGCCAACAUUAAGAGAAAUGUACCGAAGAUAAAAUGCUGUUCAAAUAAAAAAUGGCAAAUUUAAUAAA